AACAAAGAUGGCUACAAACUGAGAAGAAGUAAAUGUCAUUCUGAAGGUCACUCUACCUAUGGAACUUGAUGAUUCGAGACUCUACCAAUAAUGGCUUCUUCACACAAACUUUAAACAUAUACAGAGUGUGCCAUGGCAACAACCUCACCUACCCUUUGCUUCUCAAGGCCUGUGCUAACCUCCCUUCCAUUCAACAUGGCACAAUGCUUCAUGGGCAUGUCCUCAAAUUUGGGUUCCAAGCAGACACCUUUGUUCAAACUUCCCUUGUUGGCAUGUACUCAAAAUGUUCCCAUGUUGCAUCUACACGACAGGUGUUCGAUGAAAUGCCACAAAGAAGUGUUGUCUCGUGGAACGCCAUGGUUUCAGCUUACUCUCGCGGGUCUUUGAUGGACCAGGCAUUGACCCUCCUGAAAGAAAUAUGGGUUCUUGGUUUUGAGCCGACUGCUUCCACAUUUGUUUCGAUUUUGUCGGGUUAUUCCAACUUGGAUUCUUUCGGGUUUCAUUUGUUGGGGAAGUCGAUACACUACUGCUUGAUCAAACUUGGGAUUGUGUAUUUGGAGGUCUCCCUGGCCUACUCACUGAUGGGUAUGUAUGUCCAGUUUUGCCUAAUGGAUGAAGCAAGGAAAUUUUUGAAAGAGCAUGUUAUCAUGCACAUCAAUGAUUGCAGGAAUGUCCAUUCAGGUCAUACAGGGGAAGCACUGGAUCUGUUUAGAAGUAUGAUAAGGACUGAUAUUAGACCAAAUGGAGCAACCCUUGCAACUGUUUUAUCAGCUUGUGCUGCUUUGGGAUCACUCAGCAUUGGGCAAGAGAUUGAAGAGUACAUUUUUCUAAGCGGGUUGGAAUCGGAACAACAAGUCCAAAUGUCUCUCAUACACAUGUACUCCAAAUGUGGGAGCAUCAUGAAAGCUAGAGAAGUAUCUGAAAGGGUGACAGAUAAAGAUUUAACUGUUUGGACUUCCAUGAUAAAUAGUUAUGCAAUCCAUGGGAUGGGGAAUGAGGCUAUCAGCCUCUUUCACAAAAUGACUACUGCAGAAGGGAUAAUGCCAUUGCCAGAUGCCAUUGCUUACACUAGUGUUUUGCUGGCCUGUAGCCAUUCUGGAUUGGUAGAAGAGCGACUGAAGUACUUCAAAAGUAUGCAAAAGGAUUUUGAAAUAGCUCCUACAGUAGAACAUUGUACCUGUUUGAUCGAUCUUCUUGGUCGAGUCAGCCAGCUUCACUUAGCUUUAGAUGCAAUUCAGGGUAUGCCACCAGAAGUCCAAGCUCAAGCUUGGGGUCCAUUGUUUGAUGCUUGUGGGAUUCAUGGCAAUGUAGAGCUUGGGGAGAUUGCAACUGUUAGGUUAUUAGACAGUAGUCCUGGAAGUUCCGAAAGUUAUGUAUUAAUGGCUAACUUGUAUGCCUCUUUGGGCAAGUGGAAGGAGGCACAUAUGAUGAGAAAUUUGAUAGAUGGUAAAGGAUUGGUUAAAGAAUGUGGCUGGAGCCAAGUUGAGGUCAGUGGUAGCUAAUAGCUGUCAUACAUUUGCUGUCGGAAAUCAAUCACCGGUUGCUUAUAAGACACUAGAAGAUCUAGAUUUUACUCUUCAAGAAGGCAGAUAUACAGCAGAAAUAGAAUUGUUGCAGCUGGUUGUGUCAAUAGUAAUUUCCAUAUCCAGCAUUAGAAGAACAUGAUAUGGAGUUCAACUCCAUAACUAAUGACUAGGAAUUUAUAAUGCAAGAUCAUCAUGCGGUUGCAUUUUGAAUAUGGUUCUUAUCACCGUCAGGACUUCAGUCGAAGUUGUGAUUUCCUUCUGUUUCACCUUUUCUACCCUGAUUCUCUAUAAUAGAGCAGUUAUUUCUUACCCUUGACCAGGAAACGUGUUUACCAAUGAUUUUAAUAUAGA